AUGAAAAAGAACGUGCCACGAGUGAGAGAGAAGGAAAGGCAUGAUAGAGAAAAGGAGAAUGAAAAGGAUAGAGAGAGGUUAGAAAGGGGAAAAGAGCGAGACAAGCAGCUUGAGGAUGACACUGAUAGCAGAAUGGUUACUGAUAUAGAAGAUAAGCAUGAAGAAAAUGGAAUUUCUGAAGGACCAGAGCCAAUGGAUAUAUCUACAGCAUCAACAUCUCAGACAUGUGAAAUUCCUAGUUCUGAUGUGAUGAUUUUGGAAGGACAUACUUCUGAGGUUUGUGGCUGUGCAUGGAGUCCAACGGGAUCACUUCUUGCAUCAGGGUCUGGAGACUCCACAGCACGAAUUUGGACAAUAGCAGAGGGGACCUCUAGAUCUGUUGUGCAGAAUGAUCCUUUAAAUGUGCUGGUAUUGAAGCAUGUAAAGGGAAGGACAAAUGAGAAAAGCAAAGAUGUGACAACACUUGAUUGGAAUGGUGAGGGAACAUUACUUGCGACCGGCUCUUAUGAUGGACAGGCAAGAAUUUGGAGUACUGAUGUUAUUCUGGAACUAAAGACUACAUUGAGUAGGCAUAAAGGACCCAUAUUUACUCUGAAGUGGAACAAGGGGGAUUAUCUUCUAACUGGAAAUUGUGAUAAAACGGCAAUUGUGUGGGAUGUGAUGGCUUUGGAAUGGGAACAGCAGUUUGAGUUUCAUUCAGGUCCUAUGCUUGAUCAUGAGGUUAAUUGUGUCAAGUGGGAUCCUACAGGCUCUUUGUUGGCUUCUUGCUCUGAUGAUAUCAGUGCUAAGUUAGCAACUGAUGAAAUUGUACUGCAGAUAUGGAGUAUAAGGCAGGAUAAGUAUGUUCAUGAUUUGAGGGAGCAUUCUAAGGAGAUUUAUACAAUCAGAUGGAGCCCAACUGGACCUGGUACAAAUAAUCCCAACCAGCAAUUAGUGCUGGCGAGUGCAUCAUUUGACUCAACGGUGAAAUUAUGGGAUGUGGAAUUGGGGAAACUUGUCUGCAGUUUGAAUGGACACAGGGAGCCUGUGUAUUCGGUUGCAUUUAGUCCUAAUGGAGAAUAUUUGGUAAGUGGAUCUCUUGAUAGAUGCAUCAACAUCUGGUCAUUGAAGGAAGGAAAGAUUAUGAAAACAUAUGCUGGCAAUGGGGGAAUAUUUGAAGUUUGUUGGAACAAGGAAGGUGCUAUAAUCAGCUGGGAUUUCUUGGAGCUUGUGGUAACAUUGUGUUUAGUUGGGCUUCAGUUUCCCAUGGAAGCAAGCUUUCCUUUUAUGGGGAUGUGA